CAAAGAAGUGCUGAAACUUUCAUCGGCUGGCUCUGAUGCCAUGGCGCUUUGGGGAGAUAGAGCAAGGGCGACCUUCUUGGCAGCAUACAAUUCAAAGCGCCACGAGGUGGAGGCACCAGCAAUCAUCGCACCUCCACUUUCUCCGAAGUCGCCCAAAGUGAAAGGCUCUGCCAGGUCUCUCACGGCCUCAGCGCGCUCUGGAGGAUGGCCACUAAGCAGUCGCUUGAACAGCAGCCGCCUUGUGGAGAGCGCACGGGGCGUUUACACCCUCAUCCGCACUGAUGUCGACGAUGAUGAGAAGCGACCCAAGGGUACUGCAAUGCCUUUAGUGCCCAAGAGUGAUGCUGGCACCCGUGUUCGUCUCUUUGAACAUGCAGGCCUCGGCUUCUCUGACACGGCGGAGGAAGCCAAUAAUGGCCUUGAAUGGGUCGAGUCCAAUUGGUUCCAAGGCUUGAGCGGGAUGAUCAUCAUGUGCAAUGCUGUGGUCAUUGGUUUGGAAACCGAUCUCGAGUCCAAGAUCUGGUUCUGGGUCGAGCACGGUUUGCUGGCCUACUUCUUGUUCGAGCUGGUCGUUCGACUUCUGCGACAUGGUCGCCAGUUCUUUCGUCAGGAGGACGAAUUGGGUUGGAAUUUGUUUGAUUUGUCCAUCGUGGCAAGUGGCGUUGCGGACCAGUGGGUGAUGCCAGUGCUGCAUACCGUCAUGCAGCACAACGUGAAGAAUCGGAAGCAAGGAAUGGCAUCGGUCUUCAUGGUCUUCCGCAUGGCCAGACUGCUUCGGAUUGUGCGUCUCUUCCGAUUGGUCAAAAUUGUUCGGCCUCUCUACGAGCUUGCACAAUCCAUCACUGAAGCAUUGCAAGGCAUGUUUUGGGUCCUCGUCUUUAUGAUCAUGACGCUCUACUCCGUGGCCAUCCUAUGCACUCGGCUAAUUGGUCACGGCAGCGUCAUUGGUGAGGAUGCUGACGAAGACCUCCAGAAAAUCAAGGAGAUGUUUAGCUCGGUGAGUACCAGCAUGUUCACUUUGUUUGGCACUGUGAGCAGUUGGAGCCUCAUGAAAUUCGUUCCUUUGUUUGAGGAGAUGCCGAUGUUGCGGCCUUUGUUUGUCGUCUUCUACAUCUACUCUGCUUGGGCUUUGCUUGCAGUCAUGACAGGUGUGGUGAGUGAAAACAUGAUUGCCAUACGUGAUCAGAUGCAAAAAGAAGACGAGCAGCGAGAGGAGAAGAGGAAGUCGAUGAUCACCAAAGUUCUCAUGGAGCUCUUUCGGGAGGCCGACGUUGACAACAAUGGCAUUGUCUCCCGUCAGGAGUUCGAAGGAAUGCUCAAAUCACCUGAGCUGGUGAAGAAGAUCACAAAGAACACACGAAUGAAGGUGCAAGAUUUGAUUGAUCUUUUUGACUGGAUAGACCAUGACAAAGGUGGCACCAUCACGAUUGACGAAUUCAUGACUGGCUUUAAGUGGAUCAAUGAACCUUUGCGGGCGAAGAGUUUGGUGAAGCUUCAGGAGCGACUUGCAGGUGAUUUGAAGCUCUUGGAGAGCACUGUGUCUGGCACCAUUAAGAAAAGAGUUGAAGAGGUGCAACGCACUGUGGCAAUGCCACUGCGCAAAGUUCACGCCAUUGCAGAACAGAUGCAAAGCCUAGACGUCCAGCUUGGACGAAUUCGUCCAAUCCUCCGGGAGCGACUGGCAGAAGUGCCGUCUGAGAUUGAGUUGAAGGACAUGGAGGAAAGAUUGAGCCAAAGGUUGAAAGCCACCCUGGAUCAGCUGAGUACAAUUGAAGCAAAGGCCAAAAAGAUCAACAUGAGGCAAAGGAACAGGGGGUAAGCCUCUUGGAAAGGAAGCGCAAAGUGCUGUGAAAGGGAGAUGUCGUGGACAGACAGAACUGGAAUGGAC